AAACCUUCCUCCUGUUUCCUCACUGAUUCUCCUGGCCUGGACUUGGCGAGGCUCUGAGGCAGUGUCCUCUCACUGCGUUUCCUCCCGGAGCUCCUCCAGAGAGGGAUUCCCACUUACAUGAUCCUGGUUCCUCCCUGUCCCUUGGAAGUUCUAGACCCGUGAGUCCCAGCCUGGUUUCUUCUCGCCCUCCCCGAGCCCCUCCAGUUCUUCGAGUGUGUGUAUGAUGAGGAGCAAGUAGUGUUGGGGUAGGUGGGGGCUGGUGGAAUGUUUCGGUAGAUUCUCAAACAAUGAGCGUAACUCUUAAUCCACUCCCUUGUGAAACAAUACUUAUAUGUAUGUGCACAUGCAGGCACACACACAGUAUACUAACCUUUUAGGUGAUUAGAAUUCAGCUAGCAUUUAUUGAAUCCUCCUAUGUGGCACAGUGGCUAAAAGCUCGGCUGCUAACCCAAAAGGUCGGCAGUUGGAAUCCACCAGGAAACCAUAUGGGGCAGUUCUGCUCUGUCCUGUAGGGUCACUAUGAGUUGGAAUCGACUCAGCGGCAACGGGUACUGUGUGCUCUGCCAGGCCCUUCACAUGAAGUUGUUUAUUCCACAUGGCUGCAGUGAGAAGUAGGUAUUUUGCAGCUGAGGACACGGAAACUGGAAAGAUAAGUGGCUUACGUAAGUUCACACAUCUCAUGGUGCGGAGCUGGCCCCCCAGCCUGUCUGACUCAGUCCAGGGCCCUUUCCACUGGAGUAGAGGGUUAUGAUGUCAUGAAGACAGAUGAGCAGAGAAGUGCCACAACUUCAGCAGGGUUGGUGAUGGGUGUUUUAGAGCAGUUUUUUCUAAAUGAAGCCUGGCAUGGUGUUUGCUGGCCCUUAUUCCCUGGGAGCUUGACAUCUGAAAGGGAAGGUAAGAACGUUAUCUGUAACUCGGAAAAAUGCAUCAAGAUUUCAAUAGGAAAUAAAGGUGAGAUGGGCAGGGCCUGUGUGUAGGGUGUUAUAGGAGUAAGGAAAUAACAGCUUAGAGGGGAAGGGAAAAAGGUGAUGGCAGGCGUUUAAAGGGAGACGUGGAAAGGGCAAGACUACAGAAAAGUAUUUGAAGACUUAGGCACGAGGGAAUAAGACCAGAAUGUCUCCACAGUCUACCUGAAGAAUUUGUAAAUCUAUGUAAGUGUAAUAUACAUAAAGCAACAUUUUGCAAAUACAGGUUAAGAACAGAGGCUAAGCUGGAUAGCUGAGUACAGAAGGAAUGAAGAGUAAUGCAGCGAUGAGAAGUGGAGGUAGCCAGGGAGUGCUUCCUGGGAAGCGGUAACUUUUCACCUGAUUUUAAGGAGUCCAGGAAGACCGAAGGAGAGGCGAUGCCUGGGAGGGCUUCACAGAGGAGGAGGAGCCUGAGGAUGGCCCCACUAACCAGUGUGUGUAUGUGUCUCCCUUUCUUUUCCUUUUUCCCUCCUUCCUCCUGUAGCUUAGAAGCUCGAAGUCUGGCUGUGGCCAUGGGAGACACAGUAGUGGAGCCCGCCCCUCUGAAGCCAACUUCUGAGCCCACUCCUAGCCCACCAGGGAAUAAUGGGGGCUCCUUGCUAAGUGUCAUCACGGAGGGGGUCGGGGAACUCUCAGUGAUUGACCCUGAGGUGGCCCAGAAGGCCUGCCAGGAGGUGCUGGAGAAAGUGAAGCUUUUGCACGGAGGUGUGGCCAUCUGUAGCAGAGGCACCCCGCUGGAGUUGGUCAAUGGGGAUGGUGUGGACAGUAAGAUCCGUUGCCUAGAUGAUCCAUCUACCCAGAUAAGGGAAGAGGAAGAUGAGAUGGGGACGACUGUGGCCUCGGGCACAGCCAAGGGAUCAAGAAGGCGGCGGCAGAACAACUCGGCCAAACAGUCUUGGCUGCUGAGGCUGUUUGAGUCAAAACUGUUUGACAUCUCCAUGGCCAUCUCGUACCUGUAUAACUCUAAGGAGCCCGGAGUGCAGGCCUACAUCGGCAACCGGCUCUUCUGCUUCCGCAAUGAGGACGUGGACUUUUACCUGCCGCAGUUACUUAACAUGUACAUCCACAUGGAUGAGGACGUGGGUGAUGCCAUCAAGCCCUACAUCGUCCACCGCUGCCGCCAGAGCAUUAACUUUUCCCUCCAGUGCGCCCUGCUGCUCGGGGCGUACUCUUCAGACAUGCACAUCUCCACCCAGCGACACUCCCGCGGGACCAAGCUACGGAAGCUGAUCCUCUCCGAUGAGCUGAAGCCAGCUCACCGGAAGAGGGAGCUGCCCUCCCUGAGCCCAGCCCCCGACACAGGGCUGUCCCCUUCUAAAAGGACUCACCAGCGCUCCAAGUCAGAUGCCACCGCCAGCAUAAGUCUCAGCAGCAACCUGAAACGAACAGCCAGCAACCCAAAAGUGGAGAAUGAGGAUGAGCCCAUCAGACUGGCUCCUGAGCGAGAGUUCAUCAAGUCCCUGAUGGCAAUCGGCAAGCGGCUGGCCACACUCCCCACCAAGGAGCAGAAGACACAGCGGCUGAUCUCAGAGCUCUCCCUGCUCAACCAUAAGCUCCCUGCCCGAGUCUGGCUGCCCACUGCAGGCUUUGACCACCACGUGGUCCGUGUGCCCCACACCCAGGCUGUUGUCCUCAACUCCAAGGACAAGGCUCCCUACCUGAUCUAUGUGGAAGUCCUUGAAUGUGAAAACUUUGACACCACCAGUGUCCCUGCCCGGAUCCCCGAGAACCGAAUUCGGAGCACACGCUCUGUGGAGAACCUGCCUGAAUGUGGGAUCACCCACGAGCAGCGGGCAGGCAGCUUCAGCACCGUGCCCAACUAUGACAACGAUGACGAGGCCUGGUCAGUGGACGACAUAGGCGAGCUGCAGGUGGAGCUCCCGGAAGUGCACACCAACAGCUGCGACAACAUCUCCCAGUUCUCUGUGGACAGCAUCACCAGCCAGGAGAGCAAGGAGCCCGUGUUCAUUGCAGCAGGGGACAUCCGACGGCGCCUUUCCGAGCAGCUGGCUCACACCCCCACGGCCUUCAGGCGAGACCCAGAGGACCCCUCUGCGGUUGCUCUCAAAGAACCCUGGCAAGAGAAAGUGCGGCGGAUCCGAGAGGGCUCCCCCUACGGCCAUCUCCCCAACUGGCGGCUCCUGUCGGUCAUUGUCAAAUGUGGGGAUGACCUUCGGCAGGAACUGCUGGCCUUCCAGGUGCUGAAGCAACUGCAGUCCAUUUGGGAACAGGAGCGAGUGCCCCUUUGGAUCAAGCCAUACAAGAUUCUUGUCAUUUCGGCCGACAGCGGCAUGAUCGAGCCAGUGGUCAACGCUGUGUCCAUCCACCAGGUGAAGAAACAGUCGCAGCUCUCCCUGCUCGAUUACUUCCUACAGGAGCACGGCAGCUACACCACCGAGGCAUUCCUCAGUGCCCAGCGCAAUUUUGUGCAAAGCUGCGCUGGCUACUGCCUGGUCUGCUACCUGCUGCAAGUCAAGGACAGGCACAAUGGGAACAUCCUUCUGGACGCGGAAGGCCACAUCAUCCACAUCGAUUUCGGCUUUAUCCUGUCCAGCUCCCCCCGAAACCUGGGCUUUGAGACGUCGGCCUUUAAGCUGACCACAGAGUUUGUGGACGUGAUGGGUGGCCUGGACGGCGACAUGUUCAACUACUACAAGAUGCUCAUGCUGCAGGGGCUGAUCGCGGCUCGGAAACACAUGGAUAAGGUGGUGCAGAUCGUGGAGAUCAUGCAGCAAGGUUCUCAGCUUCCUUGCUUCCAUGGCUCCAGCACCAUCCGGAACCUCAAAGAGAGGUUCCACAUGAGCAUGACCGAGGAGCAGCUCCAGAUGCUGGUGGAGCAGAUGGUGGACGGCAGCAUGCGCUCCAUCACCACCAAACUCUACGACGGCUUCCAGUACCUCACCAACGGCAUCAUGUGACACCCUUCUCCUCGGGCCCAGGAGUGGUGGGGAGAUCCAGGGGACCCUCCCUAGGAGGGCCUGAUAAACCCUAAACCAGGAAACCCCACUCACCCAACCAUCCACCCAAGGGAAAUGGAAGACAAGAGAUACAAAGGAUCAUGUG